AUGGAAACACUCCAGGCCGAUUUCAAGAAGUCACACUUCAUGACCACCGACGGAGACACGGGGAUGACAACACAGUUUGGGCUUAGUAAAGGAAAGUACGCCAGAACGAUCGUCGCAGAGAUGGGUCGAGCUAAAGGGCGAAGGACUGUGCAAUCUGCGGACUUCAUCCUAGGCCUGGCAGAAGAAGCCCUGCCAAUCGAUCGUGUUCGUUUCAACAAGCGUCUUAUCAGCGUGUGCAACGACGAGGAGAAUGAUUUUGCAACUACCGAAAAUCAGAACCUUUUUUCAAUAUUCGUCAUAAUAUCAUGA